AUGCGCCUCGACCCCUUUAGGGGAUGGAGGGGUCCCCGAGACUCACGCGCGUCCAGGCUUGGCCGCAGGCGCUCCCCGGGAGCAGCGUCGCGGCUGCAGUGGGUGGAAUCCGAGGGCUGCUCGCAGGCUGCGUCAGGCGGGAACAAAGCCGGAGCCGCGGGAAACGCCUCUGCCCCGAGGGAGGAGGCGAGACGCGAGCAGGCGAGGGCGCGGGUACUGCGGGCGCGCGCACGCCAGGGCGGGGUCGGGCGGGGGGCGCGGGGUCCUCGCUCCACUGUUCUCACCCUGGCCCAGCCCCGUCUUGGCCCGCGGCGUGGGGGAGGGAACCUCCAGCCUUUCGGUUCCUUCGAGUCGCCCCCUCCUCUUGGAGGCGGGCGCUUCUGGGUGAGCUCGGCGUUGUGCCACUUACGGAGCCUGGCGUGGCCCGGGGACCCCGGGAGCGCCCGGCAAAGCGAGUCUCACGGCCGCGCCCUCUGGGAGGAAUGGUUUCCACUGGCCGCCGGAGCCUGGGUCCGACGCCAGUGCAGAGGCCGUGACAUAGGGAGAAGGCGCCCAGGCCCACGCGAGUGCCUGCGUCCUCCAGCCCCGCAUCCCUCGGGGUGGCGUGCAGCUCCUGGCCGGGCGCUGGCCGCGGGCCAGGUCCCCUUCCCGGAUUUUUUUCUUCAGCAAACCAACUGUGACGCUCCCAGCACCUUCCACACCAGCGAUUCCUGCUGCUUCCUCUCUAGAGCCACAGUCCUGACCCGAGGCCCCUGUCCCCUUGCUCCUUUGCCUGCAUCCACCCACCCUCCUUUCAGACGUCUUGUUGGUUCCACUCAGAGCCACCAGAAUCGUGUCUCCUCCCCUGCCACAGUCCUCAGGGACCUCACUCAGACUCUGCUCCAGUUUCCACUCAAAAGGAACUUAUAAAAAUUAUAAAAUCCACGUAACAAAAUUUGCCAUUGUAACCAUUUUUAAGUGUACAGUUCAGCACCAUUGAUAUUUAUAUUGUCACAAUCACCACCUUCCAUCUCCAGAACUUUUUU